CAAUCUUGCCGACUCUACCAGCGCCUUUCCAAGGAAGUGCUCCUGUCUCAGCCACCUGCAGGACUUUUUUUUCCCAAGUUCUUCUCUGCGACCCGGCCUACCGCCGCUCUUUUCUCCUCAAAUAGGAAUCUGGGUACUGGCAAGAUGGCUCUUGGCACUUGCUAUCAAGACUGACAACCUGAGUUCAAGCCCUAGGACCCACAUAAUGAAAGAAGAGAACUGACUCCUGCAAGUUGUCUUCUGAUCUUCAUGCAUGUACUGUGGCACCCACAAACACACCAACAGAAACGUGCUUACAAGAGCUAUGUCCGUGCUCUUCCCCUGCUGAAGAAAAUGGGCAUCAAUUCCAUUCUCCUUCGGAAAAGUAUUGGCGCUCUUGAAGUGGCCUGUGGCAUCGUCAUGACCCUGGUACCCGGGCGUCCCAAAGAUGUGGCCAACUUCUUCCUGCUCCUGCUGGUGUUGGCUGUGCUUUUCUUCCACCAGCUGGUCGGUGAUCCUCUCAAACGCUAUGCCCAUGCUCUGGUGUUUGGAAUCCUGCUCACUUGCCGCCUGUUGAUUGCCCGCAAGCCUGAAGAAAGGCCUUCUGAGAAGAAAGCCUUGCCGGAGAGUGGAGAGGAGCAGCCCUCCUUAUAUGAGAAGGCCCCGCAGGGCAAAGUGAAGGUGUCAUAGAAAAUUGAAAGUGCAAAAAGUGGACUUUCAAAGCAGUUGCCUCCUUGACCCCCCAAGAAGAUAUCAGUGUGUGUUUUUCAUUUGAUUUAUUUGUCUUGGGGAAAAGUGCAAAAUAAAAACUGCAAGUUAA